GGGAGGCUGGGCAGGCGGGAGCCGGCUGCUGCAGCCGCAUCAGCUGUUGCUCCCGCGUCCCGGAGGCCUUGGGAGGGAGAGCAGCGGGCCCCCAUGCGGCGGCGGGGAAGGGGGUCUCCGCCUGCGGGCCCCUGCCAGAGCAGCGGCGGCCGCUGACGCUGCCCUGGAGUAGCAGCAUGAGCAGCGGCUACAGCAGCCUGGAGGAGGAGGAGUCCGAGGAGUUCUUCACCGCCCGCACCUCCUUCUUCGGGAGGCCCCCGGCCAAAGCCAGGCCCGAGCUGCAAGAUGUUCAGAAAGAGAGAGAAACCCACACAUAUCUCAGUAAAGACGAAGUUAAAGAGAAGAUUCAAAACUAUAAUUCAUCUGUUACUGACAAAUUAAAGAUGACCUUGAACUCAAAUGGGACUUACACUGGCUUCAUCAAAGUUCAGAUGGAACUAUACAGACCUAUUACUGUGCAGACUUCUGUGAAUCCAGGAGAGCAUGCUCACAAUAACAAUGAGACUUCAUUUUACUUGCCUCCAGGCUACGUGAAUAAGCUUCAUAUAAGCAGCAUUAACACUGUUCGUGAAGUUAUUGAGGCCUUGCUCAAAAAAUUUUUAGUGUUUGACAACCCUGCCAAGUUUGCACUUUAUAAACGCUGUCACAAGGAAGAUCAAGUUUAUACAUGCAAGCUCUCAGACAGAGAACAUCCCCUCUAUCUGCGUUUGGUAGCAGGUCCCAGCACAGAAACACUCAGUUUUGUUCUGCGUGAGCAUGAAACUGGAGAGGUUAUGUGGGAAGCCUUUAGCCUUCCUGAACUGCAGAACUUCUUGCGUAUACUGGACAAAGAGGAAGAUGAGCAACUACAGAUCUUAAAGAGGCGUUAUGCAGCCUACAAAGACAAACUUGAAGAAGCCCUUGGUGGGGUGUGGAAACCAGGUUAAAGUGGGGCCAAAGAACACUCAGGAAAAAUGCCAUGGAGCAUGCCAAACCCAAACGUACAGAACAGCAGCAAAGAUUAGUUUUCUUUAUUCAGAAGACUGGUUUGUGAAGCAAGGGUUACUUGUGCUUUUCUGUAGAUUUAGACCCAUAAAUCAGGGCACUUAGAGUCUUGCACCUAUAAGUAAGGAAUUCUGCCUGUCUGUACAUCAACUUGCAACCCCCUGUUGUGCCUUAGAGGGCUUUCCAGGUUACCUUUGUGUAAGCUCUGAAUCUGUUACCUAGGAUGCUAACAAAUAAGAAUUUUUUUACCACUUUUUAUUAUUUGCUUUAAUAUUAAUGAUAGCUUUAAAAGUAAGGAAGUGCAAAUUGAUCAUUUUAAAAAUUAAUAAAACAGCUUAGCCAUGUGUGAACAAAAAUCAGAUUGGAGCACUAUGUUUGAGAUUAAAUAGAUUUGCACUACCUUUCUGUUUUCAAAUAUUUACUGUGUAAUUUGUGAGAAAACAGUUAUAAGUGGAAGGGGUGCAAAACCUUUGAGGUUCUGUGAAAUUGUGGAAGGUUUUAAAGUAGUCUUACUGGAGAAAGUAAAGAGCAAGUUGAAAAGAAGGCAAGAGCUGAGGAAGUGCUGUAAUAGCUGAUGGAAGAUUGAUGUAGAGUGGAAAUACAAAUAUAGAAGAAGAAAUGGAAUUUUUUUAUAGUGAGUAGUUGUAAAAAAAAAGUUUUAGGAUGUUCUAAUAUUGUGAAUAAGUUUUUAGAAUUGUGUACAUUCUCACUAGAAUAGAAGUGAGGAUAAUUAAUACAAGUACUGGAAGGCAAGGAAGGAAGGAAGCUAAAUAUUAGUGAAAUUAAAUUGCCUAUAUUGGAGAAGCUAGUUCCUAAACAUGUGAAAGCAUGUGUGGUUUGAGAUGUGCAACGAACUUAAUGAGCUGUUACCUGCUUGAAUUUUGAAACGUGGAUAGUGAGUAUAUCUCAUUUUUAUAAGGAACACCCACCUAAUUGGUCACUGAAUGUCUAGAUUAGAAAUAUAGAUGCAGGUACACUGGUCUAACUGAAAUCAGAUCUUUCAACUGAGGUCAAAGAGACAUUUUUUAGGAUGGACAAUUUGAAAUUGUCCAAUCUUAUGGAGACAUGAAAGCAUCCUUCACUAGUGUGUUUACUUAAAGAGAAGUAGAAUUUCUUGUUUGUAUUUCCAAGGAAGCAGAGAAUUAGAAUAUAUUGGUCAUGUUGUAGAUGAAUGGCUUAAUAACUCCAGUUCUGAUAAUUAGAUUUUUUUCUACUAAUUAUAUUUUUAAAAAAUGGUCCAACAGCUAGUUACCAAAUUCUGUACACUGCUGAUUUACUUGAUUAAGAGUAGGAAAAAAAUGUAGCGAAAGAAAAUUUUGUACUUUACUGUAAAUGUAAUUAUUAUUCUUUCAGAAAUAUUUAUCUAAAGAAGCACGUUCAAAGAUACCAAAGAAAUGGGUGUGCAAUAAAAGCAUGAAGAAGGUUUGAAUAACUGACAAGUUUUAGUCAGAACCACAUAGGGGGUGGUGGUGGUGGUGGUGAUCAGGAUUUAUGCUAGUAAACAAAUAGAUAAAUGGAUAGUGAUGACGAGUCAAGAACAGCAAUUGUUUCUGUUACCGUAAAGAUGUUCAUUGUGAAUUCCCAAGGAGUAGUUGACACUUUGGUGACACCUAGUGGAUACUCUGUGAAACUCCAAGCUGUUUCUGUUCUUUAUAUGAAUUUGACAUAAUUGUGCCUUUGUUUCCUUUAUUUAGUAAUGGACAACUCCUUUUUUUGGGGGGGGUGGGGAGGAAUAUUUUUUGCAGACACAUCAAGACAAUCAUACAUUUUAAAGUGUUAAGAGAACUUAAAAAGUAGGACUAACUAUAAAAAUAUAUAUGGUAUAUCUUGUUUGUUUUUAUUUUAUUUCACAUGUAACAUUGUAGGGCAUGUGGGACUUUUAUCAUCAAAUUGAGACACUUUACCACAAUGGUUCAGGGAGUACUUUUACAUUUUGUUAACAUUGUUUUUCUAUAAAUACUACAGCAUAUGGAUGGGUAUUCUAUUAACAUCCACUUAAUUUAUGUAGUGUUACCCAUAACAAUGUAAUCAUUAGAUAAUAGUUAACGUUGAACCAUUUGUUCUUCAGAUUUCAACACUGUUUGAGUCUGUAGUUUAUAGAUAUGUGAAUUUUUUUACUUGAACUAAAUUAUCUGUCUUUAAAGUGGGCAUCUUCAUUUGCUUUAGCCAAAACCUCAAUCAGUGUCUUAUGCACUACAAGUUUUAAUUUGGAAAAAAAACCUUACUGUAUUUUAAUUUUGUCUUAGUCCACAGUUAAUUGUUAAGACUGUUUUGUUUUAUUUUUUUUACAUACUGGUUACUACAACAGCUUUAAUUUAAAUGAAAUGGUCACAUCUGGCCCAUUUUUUUUCUUUUUAAUUUUAUUAUCAAAUAAUCAAGCUGUCAAACCUUUGUUGCAGAACUGUAUUGUAUUCAUUAUGUGAUGGUACCAGAAUUAUGAUUAAAUGACCAGGGGGCAAUGCAGGGAAACCUUUAAAAUUUAUGUCUUAAAAAAAUUAUACUAUUUAUAAUUUUGACAAGUUUAAUUUUAUUUUUAUAGGGAAGCUUUUAUUCCCCUUGAUGUUGUUAUUGAAAUGGCAAAUGAUAGUUCCAUUAUUAAAGUUGAAGUUGGCAGUA